CCCCUAGUUCACAGAGCGGGGUCAGGGGCCCCCUUCAGGUCUUUGAAGGCGUCUUUCGCGGAAGAUUAUUAGGCUGCAGACAGUCAGUCAGACAGACAUAUUUACAGCAUUCACACACAGCUGCGGACUAAUUUUGUUUCUUGUUUUUUCCUUCCUGCUAGCACUGCGUCUCUCUGUUUCUUUCUUUAUUUCUGUUUUUUUACUGGCGUUUUGUCGUCAGCUGCGACUGGCCUGAGCCUCCCUGGCAGGCAUCAUCCCCCUCAGUCAGUCUGACCGCCCACAGCACGGUGGUGUCGGAGGUGGGGGGAGAAAGUGCUGCUUUGUGAAUGACGGGAGCGGCAGAGCACAGAAAACAAACUUUAGCAAUAAUAUUUCCGACGGGGAGGUGAUUUUACAUCCACUCGAGAAGUUUGAGCUGCCGAACCAGCGACACCUGGACGAAGAGGACCGAGAAAAAUCUAAGCUUCCGAGCUGCUUCAGUGAAGCUGUGAACCAUGGCGGUCGGUCUAGCCUGCGUUGCCUGUCUCUGCCUGGUGGUGAUGGUUGGAGGUGACCCCUGCCUCAUCAUCAGCGAGAUCAAUGCUGACAACCCAAGACUGGACACCACUGAGUUCGUGGAGUUGUAUCACACCAGCGGACAGCGGGCCCCGCUGGACGGGUACACCCUCGUGUUCUAUAAUGGAAACGGAAAUAUAGCCUACAAGGUGCUGGACCUCAAGGGCCACAGCACGGAUGACAGAGGUUUCUUCUUGGUGGGCUCGGUGGACAUGCUCCCCAAACCGGCCAUCCUCCUGCCGCCAAACACAGUCCAGAACGGCCCGGACGCCAUUGUCCUCUACCGCACACCUGCCGCUCGCUAUAAUGAGAAGAUGAACGUCACGGCUGUUGGGUUAGUGGAUGCCGUCGUCUACAUGACCCGCCGUACUGGAGGUGCAGAGUUCCUCGCGGAGAUGCUCACGCCCGGGGAGCCGGCUUUCGUCGAGGAUGAAAUGGCGCUCGAGGGGGACGAAUCAAUCGAAAGGUGCCUGCUGUCUGAAGAUCGGUGGGGCUUUCAGGUGUCCUCACCCUCCCCUGGUCAGCGAAACAACUGCACCCCUCCUACUGCUCCGUUGACCAUCCCUUUAAUUACUGAGCUGAAGCUAGGCGGAGGGCAGGUGGAAGGGCUGGUGGAGCUGACGGAGGCUCCGUCUGCAGGUUCUCUGGUACUGGUAGUGUGGGAUGGGAAAACAGACCGGGUCAGUGUCAGCGUGGACGUGGAUGUGGACACCUCCAGGAACGGGUUGAUCUCUGUAACCAUAGAGAAGAGCUACAUGAAAGGAGAUGAGUCUGGGGCAGUGGCCAUUUACAAUGGAAAAGCUACAGACUUUCCUGUAGGCAGUCCACUGAGCCAGAUACAGCCUCUAGAUGCAUUUGUGUAUGCCGGACCCGGAAACAAGCCUAGUGCCAACCUCACAGAGACUCUCAUACCGGGCAGGCAGCCGUACCAGCUCAGCAACAGUUUGAGGGAGGGCGGCUUCUAUCUCAGUCGCUGUGGUGUGGCUACCUGGGCCAGAGACCCUGGCAUCUUCUGGGAGGCUCCACAAACUCCUGGGCUGCCCAACCAGUGCCCCUGGCCAAAAAUCUGCCCUCACAGCAAUGUGGUUCCAGGAGGCACAGACUCGCCGCCUCACCUCCCACCCUGGGGCAACACUGACUUCCUGAUCAACGAGCUGAACACUGAUACACCCGGCGCAGCUGAGGACGGGGAGUACAUCGAGCUGUGGCACCCAUCAGGCCGCCGAGUCUCCUUGCAGGACAUCUGGAUACUGCUCUUCAGUGCGCACAAUAACAAACCGUACAGGGAGAUCAGCCUGAGCGGACACUUCACCACCUCCAAAGGGUAUUUUCUGCUGGGCAGCGACAGGUUGGUGCCAGCCCCAUCGCUGCGCCUGCCUCCCAACACCAUCCAGAACGGACCAGAUGCUGUGGCGCUCUAUCGCAGCCCCUUCGGCCCACCGUCGGCCGCGCAGAGGGGAAUUCCUACUAAAGGCCUGCUGGAUGCUGUGGUUUAUCGACAGAGAGGGUCAGACAGGGAGGCACAGGAGCUGAGUAAAGCUCUGACUCCAGGACAGCUGCCACUGCUGGAGGACCCGGAGGUUCUGCCUGGUGAUGAGGCCCUUAGCCGUUGUAGAGGCCUUUACCCCUAUGACCUGUCUGCUUUUUCAGUGGCUCCACCAACCCCUCUGAGGGAAAACAGCUGCCCUCGCCCUCCUCCUGCCCCUGACGGUGUGGUUAUCAGUGAGGUGGCUAGCAACCACUGGACCAAUCACAGCCAGCAGCGGGCCUUUGUGGAGCUUCACGGGCCACCUAUGACAGACCUGCAGGGCCUGGUGCUCUCUGUGUUUGACCAGGAGCGUAGUGGGACCGUCAUUGCCCUUCCCUUGACCGGAUCUAUUAACCGGGACGGAUUUUACAUCAUUGGAAAUGUCACCGGUGCAGAUCAGACCUUCCCAGAGGGCUCCACGAUUCCCGGGCGAGGAGCUGUAGUCCUGUGCUACGACCUAUUCAGCAUCUGCAGAGCUGGAACUGCUCUGACCAACUCCAGCCUCAGAGAUGUGCUUGUGUUCAGUGAGAACCGGCAACUGCUGUCCUCUCUGUCCACCACCAGGGGGAGACAAGUAAUCCCAGCUCUCAGGUCAGUGGAAGAUGGUCCCGUCACACUUAGCCGGUGUUCAUGCUGUGAGGUGAGGAGCCCCUCAUCCUGGACCACCUCGUCUGCCACACCUCACAGCACCAACCUCUGUCCUAGCUCCACCUUCUCAAGUCAGAUUGAUCUUUGCCUCGGACCGCUGUCCACUGACUGGCAAGAGCAGGUGGGAGACUGCAGUGGUCUUAUCCAGGGGAAGGGGGUCUCUGAGGUGGCAGACUACUUAGAGCAGCGAUGUCAUUGUGGCAUUUCUGCUCUGUAUCUCCAAGGGGCAAACUUUUCUUGUGUGUCUGGCUGGCUGCGAGUUUGGGGGAGCAUUCAGGCUCUGUCGGCCCAUCAGAGGGCCCUGAUCAUCCAGACAUCGCAUAUGAACCUGUCGUCCACCCAGGGAGAUGUCUGCUCCUCCCCCACUACCGGUCGUUACACAAGCACAUCAUCUGCCCUGGGGUUACAGAUAGGGCUGAUAGUAGCUGUGAUCCUGGUGCUGGGACUAGGAGCUGCUCUGGUCACGUAUUUCUACAGGAGGAGGCGUCCUCUGGACUAUACACCAUGGAGCUGA